ACACACACACACACACACACACACACACGGACAUACAGACAUUUUCUCGCACACAGACAGACACAAACAGACACGCAAACAAACAAACACCUCUCAAAGACACACCCACGAACACACAGUCACACACACACACACACACACACAUACACACAUAUAUAUGUUUAUACAUAUAAACACCGGUAUGAUCACACACCGAUAUAGGAAGUGAUCAUACACGUAUAAACACACAUAUAUAUACAUAUAUAUAUGUAUAUGUAUAUAUAUGUAGAUAUAUAUACAUAUAUAUAUAUAUAUUAUAUAUUCAACUAUACUUCAAAGGUGACCAGCGAGAAACCGUGUUUCUGCAAUUAUGUGCCAUACUAAAAACAACUAGGACACGCUGUCCCAGGAUAUGUUGCAAAAGAAGCGUCAUUUGACUGCGGCCAUGCUGGAGCAUCGCCUUUUGUCGAACAAAUCGUCCCCAGGACUUAUUCUUUAUCUCAUCCGUUGAACAGGGCUAACGUUUUACCCCCAGAAAGUACGUGAUAGAAACUAGAAGAAGCAAGGAUUAAACCCUCUAAAUAAACCUGGAUUGUUCCAAAAACAUUAAGGAGAUCCAAACAGAAACCGACAAAAGGAAAGAAAAAGCGAACCAAAAGUGGAACCUUUAAAAUUUCUUAAUGAGUGAUAUUAAGUUUGAGUGGACGCUCAGAUACGUAAUUUGAAGCAAAAUACGCUAUUCGAAGAAAUUACUGUAGUUAUAAAGACACGAACAUAAAUAUACACUGAUGCCUCAACCAAACACAUAAACACAUAUACUGUAUAAAGAAUAUUGGUUGGAAAGUCCACAAGUUCAUAAAUAUAUAAUAUUAUAAAAUAUUAUAAAAUAUUAUAAAAUAUUAUAAUAUAUGCAUAGAUACAGAGACAGGCAUUUAUAUAUGUACUAAUGCAUAGUAAGCUACAUAAUACACAUGAAUGCAUAUACAUAGCUACGCAAGCACGCAUGUUGUAUAGAUCGAUACAUAUGCAUGUAUCUAAUUACAUAUACUUAGUGUAGAACAUUACAUGUAUUUACUGAGUGCAAAAAAUUAGCGGGAAGCAUGUCUCAAAGUAAAGAAAAAUCAGCAUGUCUAAAGUCUGCUAUGAAAUUUCUCUUCUCUCAUAUUGGACUCUUCGGAAUGGUAAUUGCUUACUGCGUAGCUGGGGCAUUUAUCUUCGAACAUCUUGAGAGGGAGAACGAAAUCAAAACUUGCAGGGAUUCUUUCAAAGAAUACACUUCAGUGGAAAGCAAGACUCUGGAAAAAUUAUUAGCAAUUGAAAGUAACAGUCCGUCGAAGAAGUCGGAGAUCGAGCAGAUUUUGAAGAUCUUUCGCGACAGUGCUAUGAAUAUUGGUUACACAGGAGAGGAUUGCGACACUAAAGGUUUACCCGGUGGAAGUUCUUUAUCAUGGUCUCUACCGGGGGCUCUUCUUUUUGCUGUGACAAUUGUGUCCACUAUAGGUUAUGGACAUAUAGCUCCCAAGACAACGUGGGGACGACUUGUGUGUAUUGCUUAUGCCAUUCUUGGAAUUCCGUUGAUGCUGCUAUGUUUGGCGAACAUCGGAGAUGCACUGGCUAACGUGUUUCGCUUUGUUUAUUCCAAAAUCAUUUGUUGUGGAUUUUGUCGUCGAAAACCUAAAAAGGAUAGAUCAAGCUCGAUUGCUUCCCUAAAGAACACCAGUCAGGCCGUUCAAUCGCAAAAGAAAAAUUUCGAUAUUGCGGACAAAAACCCAGACUAUGAAAUGAGUAUGAUGGGUAACGAUAAAAGUUCUUAUGACGUGUCUGUAAUCGAAGAGCAAAGAUAUGAGAAGAAAGUAACGACAACCAAAUUCACGAACAUGGAGAGUCCAAGUCACGCUCCAUAUUUACGUGCCAGACCCAACACCGUUUACAACGAUUCCACGUCAUCAGCAUUAAGUCAGAACAGCGAGAAAAACAGCAAAAUAUAUCCGGUUCCUAUUCCGAAAGAUGAACGGGAACCAAUAAUGGUGAGGACAAGCGAAUACGACAACUAUGACGACUACGACUACGACGAAGACGACGACGACGACGAGCUAGCCGACGUCACUAUUCCAUUGACGGUAACAAUGUUGGUCAUAUUCGUCUAUAUCAUGUUUGGAGCAUUGCUCUUCAAGUUGUGGGAAGGCUGGGACCUUCUGCAGGCCACUUAUUUCUGUUUUAUCACUCUCAGUACCAUUGGCUUCGGAGACGUUGUGCCCGGAACGGAUUUUGACAACCCACAGACAAACAUUCAGCUAAUUGUUGGUGGCUUUUACAUUCUGUUCGGUAUGGCCAUUGUUUCAAUGUGUUUCUCACUGAUGCAAGAAGAAAUGGUGGCCAAAUUUCAAUGGAUCAUGAAAAAAUUAGGAAUUUAUUCCGACGAUGAAGAUUAAAAUUACAAGACAUGAAUAAUUACAUUCUUCAGUUUUUAGUCCAUUUUGACUCCUUAAGUUACCUGGUUUUCAAUUAUUUCUAAGGAAUUUAUUACCCAAAUAUACAAAAUACAUAAAUU